CGCUAAUAAAGAGGAAGCACAGAGAAGGAGAAACUGAAUCUACAGGUCAGCUGGUUGAUAAAGUAAACAUGGACUGUUUGUAGCUGUGCUGUCAGCUGCUGUUUGGUGGCUGUUAAGCCAUGAGCUCAGAGUGUGUGAAGGUGGUGGUGCGGUGCAGGCCCCUGAAUGACAGGGAGAAGGCUCUCAGCUCUAAGAUGGUGGUGUCUAUGGAUGUGCAGCGGUGCCAGUGCUUCAUUAAAAAGCCCGGAGCAGCGGAUGGGCCACCUAAACAGUUCACUUUUGAUGGGACCUACUUCAUUGAUCAGACUACCGAACAGCUGUACAACGAGAUUGCAUAUCCUCUCAUAGAGGGUGUUACUGAGGGAUACAACGGCACUAUUUUUGCCUAUGGGCAAACUGGAAGCGGCAAGUCUUUCACCAUGCAGGGGGUGUCUGAGCCUGCAGCCCAGAGAGGUGUCAUACCACGAGCUUUUGAACACAUCUUUGAGAGCAUUCAGUGUGCUGAAAGCACAAAAUUCCUGGUGAGAGGCUCUUACCUGGAGAUUUACAAUGAAGACAUAAGAGAUCUGUUGGGAAGCAACACCAAACAGAGGCUUGAGCUGAAAGAGCACCCGGAGCGUGGGGUUUAUGUGCGGGACCUGACCACGCACACAUUGCACAGCGUAGGAGAGUGUGAAAGAAUCAUGGAGCAAGGCUGGAGGAAUCGUGCCGUAGGCUGCACGUUGAUGAACAAAGACUCCUCCCGGUCCCACUCCAUCUUCACCAUCCACUUGGAGAUCUGCAACACAGAUGCAGCCGGCAAGGACCAUAUACGAGCUGGAAAACUUAACCUAGUAGAUCUUGCAGGAAGUGAGCGUCAGUCUAAAACCGGUGCCACUGGAGAGCGACUCCGUGAAGCCACAAAGAUCAAUCUGUCCCUCUCAGCUCUGGGUAAUGUCAUCUCUGCCCUGGUCUACGGCCGCUCCAAAUACAUCCCCUACCGUGACUCCAAGCUGACAAGACUGCUGCAGGACUCUCUGGGAGGAAACACACGCACCUUGAUGAUCGCCUGUCUCUCACCUGCUGAUAACAACUAUGAGGAGAGCCUGAGCACCCUGCGCUAUGCGAACCGGGCCAAGAGUAUUCAGAACAGACCUCAAAUCAACGAGGACCCCAAGGAUGCUCUGCUCAGGGAGUAUCAGGAGGAGAUCAAGAAGUUGCGAGCCCUCAUCUCAGGCCAGCUGGGCACCUCUGACCUGUCAUCUCUUCUGUCUGGUCAGCCCAUGAUUGCUCUUUCAAGGCUGCAGCCGAGCAAUAAUGAAGCAAAGAAGGAGAAGAUUAAAGAGGAGUACGAAGAAAAGCUGGCAAAGUUGCAGGCUGAGUACAAUGCUGAGCAGGAGUCCAAAGCAAAGCUGCAGGCAGACAUUGCUGCUCUGCAGCGUUCAUAUGAAUCAAAGUUGUCUAAUUUGGAGAGGGCCCAGACCAGCAGGGGGAGCUAUGACAAUAAGAAUGUGAGCUCUAGAUGUGUUGAUGAAGAUGGGGGUAGAAACCACAGCCUAAGUCCAUCUACUACUUCAAAAGAGCCUGAUGUGUCUUCUGCUGCGGUCGGCGUCUGGAAAGAUCCCAAAGGAAACAAGCUCGUGGAUUCAGCAGAUACUAACUCAAAAGAGUCUUUUGAUCAGAAACAUGUUCUGGAGAGGCUACAGAAACUGGAACAGGAGGUUAUAGGAGGAGAGCAGGCCAGAAACAGCGAGUUACAACAGAGACAUCAGCAGAGGAAGAGGCUUGCUGAUGAGAGGAAGGUCCAGCUCAUCAACGCCUUAUCUGAGGACAGUGAGGAGAGUGAAAACGUGCUACUGAAUGUCUACAAUUCAAUCCAGGAGGAGGUUCAUGCCAAAAACCAGAAACUGACCAAAGUCCAGCGUAAGCUAAAAGCAGCUAAACUAGAGAUCAGCGAUUUGCAGGCAGAGUUUGAGCUGGAGAGGAAUGAUUAUUUGGCAAACAUUCGCCGAUUGGAGAGGGAAAGCCAGCUGCUGAACAGCCUGCUUGAGCGCAUGGUGCCACUGGUACGCAGAGACUGUAACUACAGCAACCUGGAUUGCGUGAAGAAAGAAGCUGUUUGGGAUGAGGAUAGCGCCACCUGGAAGCUACCGGAUGUGAUGGUGCAGAAAACAACACUUCCUUCAGCAGUGGCUUCAAAGCCUUCCUCUGGCAGAGCUUCAGGUUCAGAUCAUUCAGAGUCAUUUAUGCAGGUUGAAGAGGACAGAUACAAGGAAAUGUUGGAUCGUAAAGACAGUGAGAAUAUGGCCAACAACUACUUUAAGUCAAAGAGAGCCAGUCUGCUGCUGGGCGCUGAUGCUGCUAAAGGACACGGCUACCGUUCUGUGAACGCUCCCAACAUGACCCCCCCUCCCAGAUCUGACCCCGUCCUGCCUCGGCCUUUUCGCCUGGAGUCUCUGGAGGUUUCGGUGUCCAAUGGGAAGACAAAGCGCAGGAAAAGCAAGCCUCACAUCCAUAGUGAAGGGCCAUGAAAGGACAUGGUUAAAAAUCGAAUUCCAACCUCACCCAACAAUCUUUAAAUGUGCAUGAAUGACGAAUCAAAACAUUUAUUUCAGGCAGUCUAUUACAUUUUGUACAAUUUUAUGUGAGAAUGUAGUUUAUUUUCAUUACUUAGAGGACUGAUUUGCUCGGGUAAAAUACUGUAGUGGUUGAUCUGCACAGUGUAGCAUGAGGAAUUUAGUUAAUAAUGAUUAAAAAGUCUAUUAAAAGAAGCUCUCAUUACAGAGACAUUGUCAACAAGGUGUUGGUAGCUUUUUUUA